GUCGGGCGGAAAGGAAGUGUCGAAAUACAGUUUUCCCGUUCGAGUUUUUCCUACCAGCGGUGAUCUGUGGUGAAGGUUUUCCUAAAGUUUUUUGUAGCUAGUAACGGGGUUGGGUGAUAAAAUUACAUCGUUAACCACGUUGUAGUGUCCAGAAAGCUGAUCCAAAUAGUAACAAGGUGGCGUACGGCAGUGGUGGUAUUAUCAGCAGUGUUCAUGUGUGCAUGUGUGUGCAUGCGUGAGUGUGUACGCGCGUAACCAGAGCGUGUGAGCGAGGAGCGAGCAGCGAGUGAAAAGCGGAAAAAGGGAGAAGAAAAAUAUCAGUGCAGUGGAAAUGAUUUGUUGAUUUUGUGUUCCGCCUCGUUUUCCGUCGUCUCGGCCAAUGUUCGAAUGCAUUCCGGGAGAUUGCAUUUUACAUCCAUGUGAGAAAAUCGAUAAAGCAUUCAAACCGACGAGCUGAUACGGAGGCACAUGCAAAUCCCGUAACUAAGAAUGCAACAAAGGACGACCACGCCAGCUGCUGGUCCACCGGCCGCUUCAUCCUCCGGGAAGCAAGUGGUGGAGCUCAAUGGGUACGUGAUCAUUCUCGUCGAAAGUCGCGAUGGCAAAAUCAAACUCUACGGCAGUCCGGCCGACAAGGACAACCUGGAGGUGGCGGACGAGAUUUUGGACGUUAACGAGCGCAAGCUGGAGGACUCGCCCCGAGCCGAGGUUAUCAAGCACAUACACGAGUGCAUCCAGUCGUGCAUGAUAAAGCUGCGCGUCAAGCGGCGAAGUGAUUCUCGUUUAGCGGGUGAGCUGGGAAAUGCCGUACAGGAUGCGUUUGUCAUCGCGGUCGAGCAGCAGGCCCGGGAGCGCCUCCAACGGUUGUCCGCGCUCAAGCGGAUUACACCGGUCGACAUGUCACAGCUUUCGAUCAAACUCAAUCAGCAAAGUCAAGCGAAGGGGGGUGCGACACAAGACUUGAGCUUCCUGAAGGAAGCGUCCCCAAUCUACGUGACGUCGCUCUCGAGUAACAGUGUUACGGGUACCAACACCAGCACGACGGUGACGGCAGGUGUGAAAACUACUUUUACCGCUGGGGCCAACAACAACAUCAACAACAAUACCAUCAACAACAACAGCAGCAGUACGGGAGGCGUGCAGACGCAGCAGAAUGCCACCAACAACAACGGUAGCGGAGGCGUCGUGGCCACCGCUAGCGGCACUACCGGCAGACCUGGCAUGCAGGUGAACGUCAGCACGGACGGUGGGAUGGUCAGUUCCGGCAGUGCCGGCGGGUACGCGAACGUACGACAAUCGCUCGGCCCCACGGGGACGCCGUCCGGUGCGUUCAAGGGACCACAGCCUUCGACCGCGUCGUCCGACGGCCAACCGUCAGCGCUGGGCCCGGGCACUAACAACAAUAACACCCUAGCACUUAGUGCGGCCACCGCGUCCGGGUCCGCGUCCGCUUACCACCUGCACCAUAGUCUUGUAAAUAACAACAACCUCACCAGCAAUAUUGGCAAGCCGCAGGGGCUUGACUCAACCGCCAACAGUUACUAUAGUAAUCUAACUAACACCUUCCUAGCGAACGGUCAUGGUUCCAAGCGAGAGCUGGCUACACUGUCCGAGGGAGAGCUCGAGCCGCAGGACGAACCGCAGUACGAGUCGAGCGGAAACAUAUCGCGCGGUGGUACCGAAGUUCUGCUGGGAGAUCAAAAUCUUCGCCAGGAAAAUCGGCCUCGCAGACGCAGUGGCUCCAGCAUCGUGGUGCUGGGCGGUGAUGACACCCUGAAGCCCUCCAUACCUAUUGAUGACUAUCAGGAGGACUUGGAAAUGUACAAUAUGUUAGCGGCAAACCAGGACAAUGGACCACACCGGGAAAUGGCUGUCGAUGUACCUGAAUCAUUCAUAGCCAGAAACAAAACGCCUCCGCGCUAUCCACCGCCACGCAGCACGACGGCGGUGACCGCUCCCGCAACACCCGCCACACCCGCGUCCGCCCAGGUAAAUCACGUUUCCAACGCAAUGCCUCAGGUUGCGAAGCACCACCAGCAUCAUCAACAGCAGCAACAUCACAACCACCACCACCACCACCACAACCACCAUCAUCUUCAUCAUCAUCAUCCUCCUCCACCGUCCUCGGGGCUUCAUCACCCGGCGAACGGUGGUGGCGUCGGUGGGGUGUCCCUCGAGCUGGAACCGCUCGAUUCGUACAGUGAUCGGCAUCUUUCCUCGCUGGACAGUAGCCAGGAGUACGUAAAAAAGGGGGGCGUCGGUGGCGGCGGUUCCAGCAAGGGCCCCUCGUCGCUCGGUUCGGUAACGAGCGAGUUCGAAACGUCCCUGAACGGGUACGGUGGUCCGCUCGGGAAGCAUAUCGCCACCGCCACGAACACCACCAUCAACACCGCCGGCGGUGUUGAUCUGCGUGGUUCGCUCAGCACCAACCGCAGCACGUCGCCAUCGUCGUCGGGCGAUCUCGGACCGCCCGAGUACGAUGAUGUCGGGCCGCACCGGGAGCUGCCCGUCGACGUGCCGGACAGCUUUGUCGAGAUCGUUAAGGGGCCGCCGCGCUACCCGCCGCCCAAGCCCCUGAUCAUUAAAGACGCUAUCAGAAAGAAAGAAUCAUGCUCAUCCAGCGAAUCCAUUGAUAAGCCCAAACCGCAAUCACAGUCGCCGGCGCGAAACGAGCUUAAUGGCUCGACGACGAAACCGGUGCCACCGCCACGGGAUCAUCUGCGGAUAGAGAAGGACGGCCGGCUCACCAAUCGCGCACCAGUACCAGCUCCACAAGUGCCAGAUCGUAAGAUUGUGCCGAACGCAUCACAGCACCAGCAUAUCGGCCAGGUCCUGGAACCGACACCGGAUCAGUUAGAUAGCAUCAAGAAGUUCCAGGAGCAACUACGACGGCGAAGAGAGGACGAGGAACGGAUAGCAGCCCAGAAUGACUUCCUGCGCAACAGUCUGCGCGGUUCGCAGCGGCUCCGUGCGCUGCAGGACAAUCCGAUCGAGAAACCACCGGUCGGUGUCGACAAUGAGGCGUACGCGGAUGAUGAAGUUGUGGAGAAGAUUAUCGGGUACAGUGAGCUGGUGGCGGCAUUGCAGCGACUGCAGGGACACCUGAACAAGCACGGUCUGGCGGCACUCGCUGGCAGAGUGACGGCAACGCAAAGUCUACUGCUCGGUCCCGGGAUCGCCCGUGCACUAGCCGUCCGGACGGCGGUCCUCGAACGGCGGCGUCCGAAAGUUCCCAACCCGAUCUGCCCAAAUGCUCAAGCGUUAGCAAAGGACUGCGUCGAAUCGCUGGCACAGUCCGGCUCGCCAACCGCAAUAGAACUGUGUGAUCUGCUGUCCACGUACGAGAUGGAGGGUUUGCUGCUGGCGCACGAUCGGAUUGCCUCGACCACGGAUCGUUCGCCGAUCGCUUCGUACGGCGGUAGCCCGGUCACCGUCACCAUGCCAUCGCUCAGCAACAACAGCAUCAACAAUAACACCUUGACCAGUGCGGUGAAACCGGCCACUGUCAUGCCAUCAAUUCCAAAUAACGCUAGUUUAGUGAACAAUAACAAUAACAAUAUCGCUAAGAGGGAACCAAUGAGUGUGCCUCUCGGUGUGCUGCGUGACGGUAGCCAGGAUCACAUCAAAAUCAUCCAGAUCGAGAAAUCGUCCGAACCGCUCGGUGCCACCAUCCGGAACGAGGGCGAAGCGGUCGUCAUCGGACGGGUGGUUCGUGGUGGCGCCGCCGAAAAGUCUGGCCUCCUGCACGAAGGGGACGAAAUCCUCGAAGUGAACGGUAUCGAGAUGCGCGGCAAGUCGGUGAACGAUGUGUGCGCGUUGCUCGGUUCGAUGACCGGUACGCUGACGUUCCUGGUAGUGCCGGCCGGUGUGCCACAGAUUCUGCCCGGCCUGGGGAUGCGUGAUCCACCGGUGCUGCACGUACGGGCCCACUUCGACUACGACCCGGAGGAUGAUCUGUACAUACCGUGCCGGGAGUUGGGCAUCAGCUUCCAGAAGGGCGAUGUGCUGCACGUAAUUUCCCGCGAUGAUCCAAACUGGUGGCAGGCGUACCGGGAGGGCGAGGAGGAUCAAACGCUGGCCGGACUGAUACCGAGCCAAUCGUUCCAGCAUCAGCGCGAAUCGAUGAAGCUUGCCAUUGCCGGGGAGGUCGGUUUGCGGACGCGCAAAGAUAUCAACGGUAAGGCGGGUGGCGGCUCGACGCUACUGUGCGCACGGAAGGGCCGGAAGAAGAAGAAGAAGGCAAGCAGUGAGCAUGGGUAUCCGCUGUACGCGACCGCGACGGCGGACGAUCCCGAUCCGGAGGAAAUUCUCACGUACGAGGAGGUCGCGCUGUACUACCCGAGGGCAUCGCACAAGCGACCGAUUGUGCUGAUCGGACCGCCGAACAUUGGGCGGCACGAGCUGCGGCAACGGUUGAUGGCGGACUCGGAGCGAUUUGCGGCUGCUAUUCCUCACACGUCACGAGCUCAGCGAGAAGGUGAAGUACCCGGGCAGGAUUACCAUUUCAUCUCACGGCAACAGUUCGAAUCGGACAUCCUGGCGCGCAAGUUUGUCGAGCACGGUGAAUACGAGAAGGCAUACUACGGAACAUCCCUUGAAGCUAUCCGAGCGGUCGUUGCUAGCGGCAAGAUAUGUGUGCUAAAUCUGCAUCCCCAGAGCCUGAAGUUGCUGCGCUCGUCUGAUUUGAAGCCGUACACCGUACUAGUGGCACCGCCCAGCUUGGAGAAACUGCGCCAAAAGCGGAUACGAACUGGAGAACCUUACAAAGAAGAGGAACUCAAAGAGAUCAUUGCCACCGCACGCGAUAUGGAGGCUCGCUGGGGUCAUCUGUUCGACAUGAUCAUCAUCAAUAACGAUACCGAGCGGGCGUACCAUCAGCUGCUGGCGGAAAUCAAUUCGCUCGAGCGGGAACCACAGUGGGUUCCGAGCAGCUGGCUGCACAACUAAGAAGCUAGCAGUAGCUAACCGUUGCUCCAAUCGCCGUAGAUGGGGAUGGCAGUAUUCUUAGAAAGAUUUGUCGGGACAAAACUCAACAUUUAACGGUGUCGUAGACGGAGCGAAUCAAACCCCAUAUAGGGCGAGUAGCCGUGACCUGUAACCCCCUCCCAAAACUCAAUAGAUUCUUAUUAUACAUAUGCAUAUAUAGAUACAUUAUACAUGUAUUGGAUAAACACUACAUACUAUACUUUAUCGAACUUGUUACGUUAUUUUUUUUCACUGUGCGCUCGUAAAUGCACAUCCAAAACACGUUCACACACACACGGGAUGAGGGCCGAGAGUAGGGUCGACUACUUUACGUACAUUUUUACUUAUUACCUAGGAACCAAUUACGUGUACGUGUUGUGUGCAAUCGGGAAGAAAGUAAUAGCGGUCGGGGGAAGUUUGUAAAAAAACACACACUCACACACACACACAAGAAUCUGCGUUUUGAGAAGAGCCCGGGAGGUUUGGCUUUUGGCGCGGGUGUUUUGUUAUAAUGUAGUGAUUUUUUUUUUUUUUGCUAGGGAAGAUAUAUUGGUACCUGUCGACGCGCGGGUACUACUACUAGCCCUUCCCUAACACUUAACAGUAGCGUACGUUUUGUUUUAGAAUAAUGAAUGUUUUAUUUAUCUAGAGUUUUAUAUGGCGAUGUGUGUGUGCGUGUGGCAGAGGAAAGCAAACAUGUAGAGUUUAUGCGUUUAGGAAAAGAGUGGAGGAGGGUGGAGGAGGAUGGAUGUGCCGCAGCAGGAAUGCAUCAAGUGCACGAAGGAUACCCGAUAAAGUACACAAUAAAAAAGCAAUUUCUAAAUGUCGUAACAAUACUACUAUCAGCCAACGGUGUAGUGGAGGGAAAUUGGGGAAAAUUAGGAAACUGAGGAAUAGAAAUGAGAAAAAAAGAGUAAAAACCCCCCGGAUAAUAUAAGAAACAACAGGAGAAGACGAGGAAUAAACACACACUCGAAAAAACCCAAUGUAAGGUAGUUACGGAAAUAAAAAUACAAAACAAAAACCCCAACCACACACCAUGUUCGUAGAGAGCAAACAGCUAUUUCGGUGGAAGCCCCGAUGGAAACUUAAAUAAUCAGCAAGCAAACAACCCGCCCACCACCUUGUGUCAGUAGUGCAGUUACUGCAGUGGACGAUUGUAGAGACGGGUACACAUGGAUAGUGAUUGAAAAAUUUACACGAAAACAAAUCAAAAAGUAAUUAUAAAAACCAAGCGACGAUUACGGCGGAAGCGGGACGCGCGCGCUCCUAGACGGCUCGAUUCCUCAGAACAUUAUUCGUGGGAAAUCCUUCUUCUAGACAGAACAAAUAAAUGCAAUGAAAACGUGUGUAGUACCAAGCAUGUGCAUCUUAA